AUGAGUUAAACUGAAAAAAAGAAGCUUGGAUUUAGAGACAAGAUAAAAAAAAUGCUUGACGGAGAUAGCCCAAGAGAAAAAAAGAAGUCCAUUAUUGAAGAAACAAGCGUAAAAUUUUCUGUAAUAGGAGGUAGUGUUCAUUCUGAACUAAUUAUGGCAGAAGCUAUCUUAGACUCAAAAAAUGACAAUAAUAAUGGAAUGCCUCUCCCUAUCAUAUGCAAGUGGUAUAAUAAAACAAAAUCUGAUUAAGUUACUGAAAUAGAAGGUAUUACAGGAGCAUUCUAUUAACCUAAUGCUGACGAUAUAAAUACUUACAUAAUUGUUGAAGCAAAACCCAUAUUAGAAGAAAGCGAAUAUAAGGGAUAACCUCUGCGUUAAGAAAUAGGACCAAUUGUAAUCGAUAAAGCAAUUUAAGAAGAGGUUUAAGAAUUAUUAGAAACGGGUAGGUUUAAAAUAGCUGCUAAGUUGGAAAGUAUUUAUGACCCUACUUUAAGCAAUGAUGAAAAUGAAAAGCGAAAUGAUAGCUAUUCUUUUCCAAAGCAAGUACAGCUGCAAAUAGAUACAGAAAAAGUAUCUAUUUAUGCACAAGAUGAUGAAAGAAUAAAUGCAACUGUUUAACUAGGAUAAUUCUAUCCUUCAAUCAAAAUUGUGAAAAGAACUAAUAACAUAUUUGAACUUUACUUUAGCUAAAAUAUAGUUUACAGACUUUAAGCACAGUCUAAUACUCAUAGAGAUGUCAUUACUGUAGCAUUAAGAAUGUUUUGUGGUAAGAAGUUAAUAUCUUCACAGUUUCCAAGUUCAGAUGAUCAAGAUUAAUAAGAAUAAUAUCAGGAAGAAUCUAAUCAAAGCAUUAGCAAUUAGGUCAAUAAUUAAGAAAAUUAAGACUAAACGAGGGAAGAAUAAGCUGAGUUACCAAAGACAGAGCUAAUUUAGUAAAAUAGUGGAAAUUAACUUGUAAGCAACGGCUAGUAAUUGUAAUAGUAAAAUCAAUAAUAAACUCAUUAAUAAACAGAAGUCAGAGCAGUAAGAAAGCAUUAAACCUAAGCAACUACAUCUGAAUCUUAUGAAGUAUUUGUAAAAUUAAAUGAGUUGACAAAAAAAACAGUUGAUUUAGAAUAACUAAGAGAUGAAAUGAAGUAUUAAAUUUAAUAAUUAUAAGAUGAAAAUAAGAAAAAGGAGACAAAAUUGGAAUAGGUGGAUCAGCAGUUAUAAGAGUUAAAGGAAAAAUUGAAAGUUCAAGUAGAAAUAAACGAACAAUUUAAAUAAAAGCAUUCUCAAUAUAUGAAUGAGAAACUCUUUUUAACUCAAGAAUUGUAAGUAAUUCAAUAGGAAAUAGAAGAGAAGAAUAGAGAAAUAGAUGACUAAAAAGUAUAAAUAGAAAAACUAAAUACUUAGCUAUUAAGAAAAAAAGAAGUUCUUGACUAAGAAGGAGCAUAGUCUUUAUAGCUAACAAUUUAAGAUCUUGCUGAAAAACUGAAUAAGUAAGUAUAAUAAAAUAAAGUUGUAUAAGAGGAAUUAAUUGAAAAAGAAGCCAAACUCAAUGAAACAAAUCAAGAAAAAGAAAAUUUAUAAAAUGAAGUAAUGCAUUUUAAAAAGAAAUAUGAAUAUCUGCUCCAAGAAAAAUAACUUUAAGUUGCAAGCUAAAAAUCUCUUGACUCUCCUAGCACUUAAAAAAUUUAAAAUGUUUCUUCUCAUCACUCUAUAAAUUUCAACAAAAAAGAAGAUGAAAAUAACUCUGAAAAAGCUGAUGUUGAUACUUAAAAUAAUUUAUCUGGGCACAAUCACAUGUCUCAAUCUUCUAAUAAUUCUAACUAAUUUAGUAAAAGUCUAUAGGGGUUAUCGCCUGUGCAUUUAUAAAAGAGCCAAAGUCAUGUGAUACCUGUAUAGCAAAAUAAAAGUUUAAUUAUCUUGAAUGGCAAUGGAAUUAAAAACAAUGAACAAGUAUAGGAUGUACAGUUAAUAAAAUCAUAGUUAUAAACAAAAAUAGAAGAAAAUAAUGCUUUAUCUAAAAAAAUAAUACAAUUAGAAACAACACUAGAAACAAUAACUCAGGCUUAUACUUAAGAUAUUAAAUCAAUUAAUUCACCAACAAAGAGAAAAAUCAAAGAGGGAGGAAAUGAAUAAAUUCUAUAAAAAUUAGUAAAUAGCUUAACUGAGAUGAUUACUGAAAAAGAUUUAGCCUUGGAAAACUAAAAGAAGAUUAACAAAGAACUUAUUUAAAAAAUAUAAGAAUUUUCAGUCAGCUAAAGUUGA